CCAUGAAAUCCAAAGAUGUUCUGUGUUAUUUUAUCUGUGUAAAUUUAACGACUGGGUUAUAUUUGAAAUUUUAAAAUAAUUGACGAGAUUCUAAUUUAACAAAUUUUAAACAAAACCACACAUUUUUUAAACUAUGGAGCAGGGCCAAAAUGCAGAUAACGAUUGGGAAGCCAGUACGAGUGACGAUAGAAACAGAAAAAGAUCUUCAAUACUUAAAGUAACAAAACGAAAGUCUGGUGAGUUGGACACGACAGACUUCACUGUCCAAUUAACACGACGAGUAAGCUUUGCGAGUAACAAUUUUGUAAAACCUUUUGCGGCGGAUCCCGAAAAAAACACUAUAUGGGAUAAUACAUAUGAAGAAGCAUUACCUCAGUCUGACUCUGAGCAUACUGGUAUGAAUGAUAUGAAGAAAGCAAUCAAUUUUGACCUACAGACUAGUGAUAUGGAAUUAACUUGUGCCUAUAGUAACCUUUACCAUACUAAAAUGACUAGAUUUAAUAAAACAAUCAUGUUCGACAAACAAGGUGAAGAUAUGGAAUUAACUUGUAACUAUAGCAAAGUACUAAUCCAAGAAAAAGAAAAUAUUUGCUUACAAGAAUUGAUGCAAGCCCAGGAGAAAGAUAGAACUUUACACAUUCAUGAUCCUAAAAGUUACUUUUGUCAAACCAUUCAUCAAACUAUGGACAUGGCUCUAACUCUGGAAAAUGAUUCCAAAAAUGAAUUGAUGUUCCAGCCCCGUGUACAAGAUGAAGAAAUCACAGGUUGUCACUCACCCAAGAAUGAUAGUGAUGAUAAUAUAGCAAACAUCCCACACAAUCUUUCUAUUGUGCCAGCCGCAGGCAUCAUGUGUUGUCAAUCAAUUAAGAAGGAAGAAGUACAGGUUUCCUUAAAUGACAGUCACCAAUGCACGCAUGAUUCUAAAACUAAUUUUUAUACAACUCUCAACAUCAAUCUAACUCCACAAACAGAAAAUGAAGUCGGGCCAGUUACAGCAAACUACACUAAACAAAUCAAAAAUGAUUUGAAGUGUCAGCAAUCAUAUGCCAUUUACAUGGAUGAUAAUAUUGGAAAUAAUCCACCAAGUCAAACUACAAAUGAGCCAGUGACAGUUACUUUAAACAAUAUGAAACAUACCGAAAAUCAAUUUAUGAAGUUUCAGACAUCAAAUUGUGCUCUCGAAGGUGGCAAUAUUAUAGAAAACAAUCCAAAUUUGUUUGUGCAAGACAUCAGUUCCUUUAGUCCAACAACAGAGAAUGAAGCAGUUGCAGUGGCCAACAACACCAAAAGCAAAUUGCUUAAUAAACAACCAUGUAUAGCUACCAUGGCUGCUAAUGUCAAGGAAGUUUCCCAUGACUUUGAUGAAUAUGUUAUAUUUCGUCAGAACAGUGAAUCUAGUUCCCAUAAACUCUUAAUCGAAGAAGAAUGUCCACUAGUAGACAGUCCAAAUAUAAGUGAUAAUGCACAACUUGAUAUUGACAAUUUUGUGGAACAACCCGUUGGUAAUCCAAUUUCUCGCGUCAUUUAUUCAGAAGCAGCAAUAAAACCGACAACUCCCAUAGCAGACAAUACACAGGACUUUGAAUUUUCACAUUCAGUCCAUUCAACCACUGUUGACACUACCCAAACUCUGAUGGCGCAAAUUAAGUUAUUAGAGAAUGAACCUCCAUCAAACAUGAGCAUACGUUUGGUUACCACAGAGCUCGAUGAAAAUAUUCAUAAAAAUCCUUUUUUGGAUAUCAUUAAAGAUAAACUUGUAAAAUUUGAAUUCACUCCUAUUGACUAUAUGAAACAUGAAAGAGAGCUUGCGGCGAUUCAAAUUCUUUGCAAGGAAAUCACAUCUAGACAAAAGAGUAUAAAGCAUCCUAGAGUUGAAACCAUAAGUGAUAUCUUAACAGAUUUCUUAAAAAACGACUCUACUUUAAGCAGUACGGAAUCAUUUGUUCCAAAAGUCAAUAAAAAAAAACGCCUGAAUUCGUCAAUGGUGAGGGAGAAAAUUUCAGAAAUUUCAUCAAAAACUCUACAAUCUAUUCAAUUAAAGGGCUGGCAGAAAAAUGUCCUGAAUUUCUCUAUGUUCCAUAGAGCGUGUUAUAUGAUUGUUCAAAUCGACUCGGAAAGUUUUGAAGUGUUAAAUAUAAAAACGUUUAAUUGUUUAAAAGAAAAUCCUAACUCCCUCACAGAGUUCUUAACAAAAUUAUCGCAAAAUAAUUUACAUUCCUUUUUGGGUCCCCAUUUUGAUCUAGUGUCACUUUUGGAUUAUGUGUACAUGACAUUGGAAGCAAAUGAUCAUUAGUUGAUUAUCGACAUUUUAAGACGUAUUCACUUUGUAAAUAAGUACGUUGAAUUAUUUUAUAUUUUAUUUGAUAUUUUUUAAUAAAAUAUUUUCCUAAUAAAAAAAAAAUAAAUUAUAAAAAAAUCUUUAAGACUUUUCAUUAUAAAUGCCCCUAAACCAUUUUUAAGUUUAUUUUCUACUAGGUAGUGUGACUUUCAAACCUCAGCGUUAUUAAAGUUUAAGGGGCUGGACCACUUCUUAAUUCAUCUCUACAAUUGACCACUUCUUAAGUUGAAUUGAAAUCAAUCAAAAUGUUUUUCAUAACAAUUGCA